CGAUCUGACCGUUGCGUCACGGUGCAACUUCCAACAGUGCGGCCCCGGAGAGACCGGGAAAGGAGCCCGGAAAAACUACAACUCCCAGGAGGCGUCGGGCGGGCCGGCGCGAGGUGAUGACGUCACGCGGCCGGCGCGGAGCUCUGAUUCGGCCGGAGCUGCCAGCGGAGAGGCUGCCGCCGCGGGUUGUUACAGCUGCUGGAGCAGCGGCGGCCCCCGCUCCCGGGAACCGUUCCCGGGCCCUCGAUCUCCUUCCCUGCACGAACAGCGGAGAGGGGCGGCAGGAUGAAUGUGGGCACAGCGCACAGCGAGGUGAACCCCAACACACGAGUGAUGAACAGCCGUGGCAUCUGGCUCUCUUACGUGCUGGCCAUCGGGCUCCUCCACGUCGUGCUGCUGAGCAUCCCCUUCGUGAGUGUCCCUGUCGUCUGGACUCUCACCAACCUCAUCCACAACAUGGGCAUGUAUAUCUUCCUGCACACGGUGAAGGGGACGCCCUUUGAGACCCCGGACCAGGGCAAGGCGAGGUUGCUCACUCACUGGGAGCAGAUGGACUAUGGGGUCCAGUUCACGGCCUCUCGGAAGUUCUUGACCAUCACACCCAUCGUGCUGUACUUCCUCACCAGCUUCUACACCAAGUACGAUCAGAUCCAUUUCAUCCUCAACACCGUGUCCCUGAUGAGCGUGCUCAUCCCCAAGCUGCCCCAGCUCCACGGAGUCCGGAUUUUUGGAAUCAAUAAGUACUGAGGGUGCGGCCCCUUCCUCUGCCCAGGGUGACAGGGGAGGGGUAGGGGAAAAGGCCUGCGCUGCGACACUGAAGACAGGAAGAAGGAGCCUCUGGACACUGUCGAGGUGGGGGUUGAGCCUCUGGGCCUAGUUUCCCCCCUCGCUUCCCCCAGUAGCCAACUUGGAGUAGCUUGUAGUGGGGUUGGGGCGGGGCCCCUUGGGCUCUGACCUUUUCUGAAUUUUUUGAUCUUUUCCUUUUGCUUUUUGAAUAGAGACUCCAUGGGGGUGGUCACAGAAUCGGCUGGGCUCCUGGGCUGAACACGGACCAUGCAUUGGGACAGGAGGCGGGGGUGGGGUGGGGGAAACCCCUGCUCACUUGUUUCAGGCAGCCAAAGCACUUUAACCCCUGCGUAAGGAGCAGAGGGCGGUACGGCUUCUGGAUUGUGUCACUGUAAUCCUGAGGUCUUUUCGAUGACACGCAGUGUGUGCUUGUGUGUGUGAAAGCAAGCGUGGGACGGGGCCUUGCCCUUCUGGGCAGAGAGCUGUCUAAUCCGAGUCUCGGGCUUUCACCAGUUUCCCUGCAACCCACCGUGGGUCCUGGUUGGGAGUGGGGAGGGUCAGGUAGGGGGAAGAUGGGGUGGAGUGUGGAUGGCUUGGUCCCAGAGGUGAGGGGGCCAGGGCUGCUGCCAUCCUGGCCUGGUAGAGGUUGGGGAGCUGCAGGGGUGAUAGGGAGUGGAGACUUAGAAGAAUGGGGCCACAGAGCAGCAGAGCACUGAUGUAAGGGAGGGAGGGGUGGGGACAGAAGCUAGAUCCAGUCUUCUUUGGGAUGUGGGCAGGGAGGGAAGCAGGCUUGGAGGGUUAGUUUACCCACAGAAUGUGAUGGUAAUAGGGGAAGGAGGCUGCUGUGGGCUUAACUCCUGAGUUGGCUGUUGGGUGGACAGGUGGGGAAGAGGCCCGUGGGUCAUUGUUAGUACAGGUCCAACUUGGCUCUGACUUCUGCAGGGUACAGGGAAGCUGUGACAAACGAUGGCUGCUGUGGUCCUCUGCAGGCCCUCACCCCUUAACCGCCUCGUGUAGGCUGGCACUGGCAGGGCCUCUCGUGUGGCAGGCACAUGUGGUGCUGUGAGGCCACCCCACGUGGGGUCAGUGGCGAGAGUCCUGUAGGACCUUUGGUCAAGCAGCACAGGGGAAGGAGCCAGGCGUGGCCUAUAGGCGCUGUCUCAGCCUGCAGAGAAGAAAGUGAGGCCGGGAGCCUGAGCCUGGGCUGGAGCCUUCUCCCUUCCCCUGGCUGACUAAGGGCCGCGUUAAUUCUGAAAAGGCGUGGGUGCCUGUAUCCUCUUCCAGGGGCCCGGGGGAGCAGGAGAGGUCACUGGCCCUGUUUUCUGCCUCCUGGCCCUGCAUCUCCCACCCCAUGUAUCAUAGGGAACUUUCACCUUAAAAUCUUUCUAAGCAACAUGUGAAUAGGAUUUUUACUCCCUUUGUACAGUAUUCUGAGAAACGCAAAUAAAAGGGCAACAUGUUCCUGUUUC